UCGCAGUACGGGCACUUCAGUCUUGAACUCAAUCGAGGAAUAGUCGGUGUCGGCUUGAGCGAGCUAAAUUUUUGUGUAAAUCAGUUUACAUAGAAAAAAAUAAGUACACAUUACCGCCGGGGCCAGAAUAUAACGAUCGUUUUCUUGUGUAUCAGUUGGUGAACGUGUUAUUUGAAAAGAGCUAUCAAAAUGUCAGACAGAAAGGCUGUGAUAAAAAAUGCUGAUAUGUCUGAGGAGAUGCAGCAGGAUGCUGUUGACUGUGCAACUCAAGCCCUUGAAAAGUACAAUAUAGAAAAGGACAUUGCAGCCUUCAUUAAGAAAGAAUUUGAUAAAAAAUACAAUCCAACGUGGCAUUGCAUCGUAGGCCGUAACUUUGGAAGCUAUGUAACACAUGAAACAAGACAUUUUAUCUAUUUUUACUUGGGUCAAGUAGCGAUCCUUCUCUUCAAAAGUGGAUAAAUUGGAGUCUAUUCUAUAAUCACAAACCUUUCUUCCUCCCUUCACACACGCUACAUGGAAAUACCUUAAAUCACGUCACCGUCUGUAAGAAAAAUUACAAUAUUGUGUAUAAUGGAAAUUUGAUUUCAAGCAAAAAAAAACACGCACUCCCAGUUAAACAAAGAAGUAUAGAAGUAUAUAAUGAUCAUUGGUACUAUUGACUUUGCUGUUUUACUUAUCUCAGGAGAUAAGACAAUGAAAAAUUCUGUAGAAGCUACGGAGAGAAAAAAAAAGGGUAGGGAGAUGAUUAACUGAAUGAGAAGAAAUGAAAAAAAAGUGAAAGAAAAUCAAUUGACAUACAAUCUUACAUGUUAAAAUGUAUCAUGUAUGCCAGAAAAUUUGUUGUGUUCUUGUUUUAUAUUAGGUAUAUAGAAUGCGAGGUUGAGUUCAAUACUGGCGAUUUUAAAUUAAUAAAUUUUUAGUGUUUAAUACACUAAAUGCACCUAAGUAUAAUGUAACAUUCAUACAAAUUCAUGUAUGGUUUUUAUUAUCUUACUAUGCUUGAGGAGAACCUGUAUUCAGUAGUCAUCAAUAAUGAAUCUAAGCCAAACCUUGAUUGAUUACUGCGAUCAUUAUUAUUUUAUGUAAUGUUGUAAAUUGUCCCUUUAUUCUGUGAUGCUGUGCAAAACAGAAGUGAUUAACGAAAUCAUCUUUGAUUCGUUUGAAUUUUGUGACACUUCUGUAAAAAAAAAAAUCUGGAAGUGAGGCUGACGAGAGAGAAAGCUUAGUUAUGGACCCGCCAUCGCGUUGAUAAUAAAUUUAAACGUAACGAUUAUUUAAAUUUACACAGUGCUAAGUAAGAUGUUGCAUAAUAUUCAAAUCGAGUCAUUGUCAUAAUUCUAGUUUUUUUUAUAUUGUGCACACGGAAUUUUGCAAAAUGUAUUAUUCUUAAGGCAAUAUACGUUUAGGGAAUUAUUUUCUUUUUCUCUUUCUUUCUUUCUUUCUUUCUUUUUCUUUCUUUCUUUCUUUCUUUCUUUUUCUUUCUUUCUUUUUCUUUCUUUCUUUUUCUUUUUCUUUCUUUCUUUUUCUUUCUUUCUUUCUUUCUUUCCUUCCUUCUUUCCUUCUUUCUAUAUUAUCUUCAUUUUCUUUCCAAAAGAAAAAAAAGAGGAACAGAUAUAUUCAGCUCAUUAAAUUCUAUCCUUUAUGUAACACCCAAUACCCAAUAUUACGGUACUUAUAUAUAUGAUAAAAUAUAGAUUAUACAUAUAUAUUAUACUAUUUAUAUAUAGUGCAAUCUUAAAACGAUUUUUCAUGCAGUAUUUGAUUAUCACAACGUUGCUACAUUGUUCAAAUUUUAGACUGAUUAUUAAACAUCGUCACAAGUAUAUGACUUGCAUGGUUCUUUUUUUACAAUAAUACGCAUUUUUUAUAAUAAUACGCAAUAUUAUUAUAAAAGUUUAACAGAGAAUGUUGCCCUUUAAAACGACAAAUUACAUCUAAAGAAGAGAGAGAGAGAAAGAUAGCAGAAGCGGGACAGAAUUAAUUACACGCUUUUUGAUUAUAAUCCAAUCUAAAUGUUCAGGUGAACGUAUUUCUUUUGGUCUCAUCUUCGAUAUAUCUUCUUUUUUUUUACAUGUUAACGCACAUAAAAGGCGAAUGAAGAAUAGUGGCAUCUGUAAAGAAUACAUUGAGAGAAACUGAUACACUUAUUUAGUGUUUGAAGUUUGUUAAAUAGGAGAAUUUGAAAAAGUGUAGUAUUGCAAAAAAAACAAAGCUGUGCUCAGAUCAAUUCACACAUUGCUGAUGAACCAUCAAUUCCCAUAAGAUUUCAAAUAUAUAUAUAUUCACUGUGUUAUUAAA